AACCUCUACCUCACAAUCAAGAAGCGAGCUCAAAGAAAUCACUGGUUUAUACUAGCUCGUAAUCAGGAUAUUGGAUAUUGGAGGUCAUUUGACUUUGGUGUCUAUUGCUUACUCGUGCCGCCAAUUCUAAUCGACUGAAAUCUGGAUAUAUAAUAUACCACACGAAGUACUGACGUUUUCAAAUUUUUUACACCUUGUGACCUUAUUCCCCAAUAUUUUUUAGAAAAACUUAUUACCAUUCGCGAAUUUAUUUACAAAAAUUGGUUUAAGGUGACUUAGGUUUUGGUUUUUUGGAAUAUAUACAAGGAUACUAUUCUAUGUAACCACUCUUUAGAUUGCAUUACGCAUCUGAAUGGUGGCUUGAGGCAGUUUUAUUUUGGCCUGCUAUAGUUUAUAGUUGCCCAGGAUUGUUCCCACGUUUGUACUCACGAGAAAGUUUCCUACUGGGUCGUUUUCCAAGGUUAAAGUGAUUACUUUUUGUCUGCCCUGAGUUAUUAGUACACCAGAUGCACAAGAUUUAAUUUCACUUGAAACAUUAUUUUUAGUACUAUCAUUUAUGCAAUUACUAUCUCUGGAUUUGAUGCCAAAUUUUCAACAGUGUUUGGCUUUUCUGUAAAGAACCUCACUUCAUGUUAUAAUCCUUAAUUAAAAAUCCAUUACAAGACAACAGACAAGACCAUCGACGUAUAUUGCUUAGAGGUAGGUUAGAGUUGUACCUUGAACAGACAUGCACCAAUUCAUGUCACGAUUCUGUUCAUUAUACCGAAUGGAUAACGGAUGUAAAGAAGAAAUACUUAAGAUUCAAAUGACACCAGGUUGGUGAACAUUUCUAAGAAUUUGAUGAUAGAGAGUAAACUAACCUUGUACUUUAUCUGACAUGCAGUGAAAAAGUGCUAUUGUUUGUUUUCUGUUCAAGUCUUGCCUUUUGAUUAUUAGCUUAUUUAUAGAAGGCAAGGAAGCAUGUAUUAGCUUAUUGGAAAAUGAGUUGAAUGAACACGAUUAAACAGAACCGUCAUAGGUUAUCCCUUAAGACUGAACUAACUACGAUAAUGACUAAGCUAAUAUGUUGAAAUACUUUCCACUUCUGAAGAACAUUCUUCUAUCCAGAGGUUAGACUAUACUGUUGUUGUAACUUUCUGUUUGCUGUUCAUUUUUAAAGUACCACAAUUAGACUGUGCAUAUUGAUGAAGCGCCCUCUGAAGAGUCAACAACUUGACAACAGUGAUAGAAGUGACCAUGAGAGUUGCAAAAAAGUCAAGAGUGUGAUAUGCAAAGGGAAAGCUCCCGUUGAUCCUGAGUGUGUAGAAAAAAUCAACGUAGCUCAUGUUUACUUUGAAGGCGAUAACAUUUACGAUGUUAUGUUAAACCAGACCAAUGUACAAAAUAAUAACAACAAAUACUAUAUUAUACAAUUAUUGAAAGAUGACAAUGUGAACAGUUAUUCUGUUUGGUUUCGGUGGGGGCGUGUAGGGAAAUGUGGUCAAAAUAAACUCGAAAGUUUCUCUUCUAACCUACAAGCUGCUAAGAAUUGUUUCGAACGAAAGUUUUUCGAUAAAACUCUUAAUCAUUGGGAAGACAGAGCCAAUUUCGAAAAACAAAAAGGAAAAUAUGAUAUGGUUGAGUUGGAUUAUGGUGUUCAAGAGCAAAAUGUGGUACCGAAAAAGAAGAAAACUAAAGAAGUUAAGUCCCGACUUCCCGUUGCAGUCCAGGUACUUAUUCAAUUGAUUUGUGAUAUAAACAAUAUGGAACAAGUUAUGACUGAAUUAAAAUACGAUUCACGUCGUGCUCCCCUCGGAAAAUUAAGUACAACACAGAUUCGUGCAGGCUACACAGCACUAGAUAAUAUUUCCAAAAUAGUCAACGCUUUGUCUGCAUUAAAUCAGACAUCUGAUGCUGAAAAGGAAACCAAGUCAAAAGGUCGACUCAAGCGCGUAAAAAACAAUGCUAGUGAGAAACGAAAAUUAGAAGAACAACUGCUUUCAGCCUGUAACGAUUUCUACACUCGAAUUCCCCAUGACUUUGGUAUGCGUAUCCCACCUCUCAUUCGCACUCUACCUGAUGUUAAGUCGAAGAUCGAAUUAUUGGAAGCUCUGUCCGAUAUUGAAUUCGCAGUAAACAUUCUGAAAAACAAUCAGUCAUCUACGGAAAAUAUUAUUGAUGUAAAUUACAAACGACUGAAUUGCGAUAUUCAGCCCCUGAGAUCUACUGAUGCCAUGUAUUCGCUGCUAGCUGACUACCUCCAAAAUACUCAUGGUUCUACUCAUAGUCGGUACGCGCUGGAGAUAUUAGACAUAUUUGAAUGCCAAAAGUCAGCAGAACGAGAGAACUUCAAGGAUUACGGAAAUAGAAUGCUUCUUUGGCAUGGAAGUCGUCUCAGCAAUUGGGUUGGUAUUUUAGGAAGAGGUUUACAAAUUGCCCCACCUGAAGCGCCAUGCAGUGGAUAUAUGUUUGGUAAGGGUGUAUAUUUUGCUGAUUGUUCAUCGAAAUCGGCCAAUUAUGUAUAUCCAACACAGCUACAGAAUGUUGGACUGAUGCUUGCUUGUGAGGUUUCACUUGGCAAGCAACGAGAGCUUUAUCAGGGAUGUUCCAGUGUCACAGAGAGUCUAUCCGGUUUUAAUAGUGUAAAAGGUGUUGGAAGGUGGCGAACAACUCGGGAAACUUGGAAAACUUUAGAUGAUGGAGUCGUUGUGCCUUGCGGAAAAUUGACUCAGGCACCUGAACCAGAGGCAAAGCAAUGUGUUCUUCUGUACAACGAAUAUAUCGUUUAUAACGUGAAUCAAAUUCGCCUGCGAUAUUUAAUAAAAGUGAAAUUCAACUUCCAAGAUUAAACCCACAAUGCAAAAAGAGAAUACAGACGUCACACUCUAAAUUCUUGUUUUUACAAUAAUCCCUACCACUUUUUAUAUCAAAAUUUCCUACCGCAUUUCACACGAGAAUUCGGUGUCAUAUUUUUCUAAUCCACGUUUCAUAAAAUAUAAAAUAUUUCUCAAUACAAA